AAGACAGUGUAAUGGAAUGCAUUGGUGUUGCAUCCCGCGGAAUAGUUCAUGAAGUGCUCACAAGAUACAACUAUCAAGAAUGGAAAACUCUAAUGAAAAGCUAUCUGAGAGGAGAAAAUCUGUGGGAUGUGGUAGAGAAUGGUUAUGCUUCGACACCCAUUGAUGCACAGAGAGACGCAAAGGCUCUGCAUAUCAUUCAACUAUCAUGUGCACCAAAUAUUUUCAAUGAAAUUAAAGACUUCCAAACCGCCCACAUAGCUUGGAAUCACUUGGCUAAAGUUUGCAGGUCUGAGUUUAAAAUCCAACCGCAUAUUCGACACGGUGUUGUAUCCAACAACGUUAGUGAGCACAAAGCUUUAUACAAGUUUGUGGAAAACGAUGAUUGGGAAGGCACAAGCUCAUACUUGAGGGAUCAACCGAAUGCCAUAUUUUGGACUCCACCUUCAGGAAGGACGGUUCUUCAUGUUGCAACAAUAGAAGGACAUACUAAUAUUGUGGAGGGAUUAGUGUACUUAGGGAAGGAGGAAUUAGUAAAAAUGCAGGAUGAGGAUGGUAAUACUGCUCUUGCUCUUGCUGCUGGUUACACUGGAAACGUUAAUAUUGCAAAACGCUUUGUAAAUGUGAAAGAUGGCCAAGAAUUGCUUGCAAUAAAGAACAAAGAGGAUAAGAUCCCUCUUCUUUUGGCUGCUAAUUCAGGACGCAAAAGAAUGACUCGUUAUCUUUUCUUUAGAACUCCUUCCCGUGUCAUCGAUAACCUGUCUUCACACAAUCGAGUUUUGCUGCUCGAACAAUGCAUCCAAGCGCAUAUAUUUGAUGUGGCUUUGACAUUGCUUAAUUCUUACGAGGAACUGUCCAAUAUUGAAUCCUUACCCGUCUUGCAAGAAUUGGCUCGAAUGCCUUCUGCAUAUUUACAGGCCAGCCGUCGGCAGACAAUGGUUGAGAGUUUGAAAAAUGGUACCUUAGUCGAAUUGAUUUUGACAAUUAUGCACAUGUUUGGAAAGUUUGUGGAAUCGAAAAUUAUGAAUAUAUGUGGACAGAAAUCCGAAAAUAGAGAGAAUGUAUUUGGACACAAGAAUGAAUUUCUACAAAUAUUAAGGUAUUAUAAAAAAAUUGUUUCGACGUUGAAUAGUUCACAACUGCGGGAUGCUUUGGUGUAUGAUGCCAUGUUGGAAGCAGCAAAGCAUGGAAAUGUUGAGUUCAUAAAUGAUAUGAGGGAGGCUAACCAUGACCUCUUAUGGGCAAUGGACAAUCAUGGAAGAGACAUAUUUUCGUAUGCGGUUAUUCAUCGGAAACACAAUGUGUUCCGACUCAUGCAUACUCUAUGUGGAAAUAAGGAUAUAAUUAACUAUUCAACAGACAUGUUUGACAAUAAUCUAUUGCACUUGGCGGCACCUUUAGGACCUUUGUCUGAUCUGAAUCUAAGACCCGGUGCUGCUCUGCAAAUGCAAAGAGAAAUUCAAUGGUUUAAGGCGGUGGAGGAAGUUGUGCAUGUGAAAUGUAGAGAAGCCAAAAAUGGUGAGGGUAAGACGCCUGAAGAGAUAUUUAUUGAAACGCACAAGGAACUGAUGAAAGAUGGAGAAAAAUGGGCAAAAGAAACAGCUGGGACAUUUGCAAUUGUGGGUGUUCUCGUUAUAACUGUGAUGUUCGCUGCAGUCUUCACUGUCCCAGGAGGUCUCCAUCAAGAGACUGGAGUACCGCUUUCGAUAAAGGAAAAACGGUUUACUGUGUUUAUUGUAGCUGAUGUAAUCUCUCUCUUGGCGUCUAUCAUUACAGUAUUGAUAUACAUUGACCUGCAAACAUCGCGUUAUGCUCCGACAGACUUCCUAAAAAGAUUGCCCAUCAAGAUAAUGUCAGGGCUUGGGUUCCUUUCCCUGUCCCUAAUAUCCAUGAUGAUUGCCUUCUGCGCUGCGCUUGGAAUAGUUCUGACAAAAUCAUGGUUAUACAAGCACCUCUUUAUAGGAGUCGUCAUAUUGACAGGCAUUCCCUUCAUUUUACUCGUACCCUCACAGCUCAGACUCCUACUUCAGAUUUUCCAAUUUAUAACAUCAAAUCCCAUCACCGGUCAUCAAAAGUCAACCUUCAUCGGAAGAAUUUUUCGUAAGCUGUUGUUGCCUAUCAAAGCAUGCCGACAUUAAGUAUCAUUUCAAAUUAUUUGUUAAUGUUUUUAUUUUUCUAUACUCUUAGCCACGUUAGGUUAUGUUGAACGUGUGCUUAUCUGUUUUCCUGCUAUUUAACCAAAAUUUUAGAACUUUAUUUAUUUUAAUUAC